CAGCACCACUGGCCGUAUGAUGAUUAUAGCUGCUAUCAUUUUUCUCAUCCUGAGCCUAGGUCCUACAUUGACCGAGUCCGAUCUAUGCAAGAAGAUGGAUAGCGACAUCAUACCAGCAUAUUAUUUCGAUAUAGGAGGACGAGGCUGUGAUACGGUUUAUUUGUCGCGUAAACAAAUUCCGCUCACAUAUUUUGAACAGGGAAAGGAUAAAUGCAAGAUUAAGCCAAUAGCAUUUCGAUGGGGUGCAGAUAUAGCGAUUGUCACAAAAAAAGGCAACAGCUACAUUUUCAACAUAGUACCUGCCACUGCACUACUGGAUAAACAGGAAAACAAAAGUGGUAUUGUUACUUUGAACCUACGUUACCCGCGUCGAAUACCGAAAUAUGCUUGGUACAAAAUAGGCCACCAGAAUUUAGCCACAUGUCAUCGCGUUUCUAAUUUCUUUAUUUCCUGCUUUAGUUUCGAUGGUAGUGAUGUGACACAAAUAAUGCUACAAUUACUUGGCAGAACUGUCAGAACAGUAAACUAUAAGACACUAGAAACUAAUUGGACUAAAGCAUUCAAAAUAGAUUCAAUCGCAUCCUAUUCAACGCCGAAGAAAGAGAAUCAUCUCUGGAUCAAGCAUCCCUUAAAUUGGGUCUACAACGUUAACCUUGAUGAGCUGAGUAAGGACAAAGAUCAAAAAUUGAUCGUUUACAACGUUGAAGACUGGCAGGAACCAUCCAAGUCAAGCAAUGCUGAGCUUGUUUUCGCCGACGAUAACAUGCUGGAAACAAGGAGGUGCAAAAGAGACGGCAGUUGUUCAUAUGAUUUACAUUUUCCAAAACAGAUCACAAAGUUACGAUCAUUCCGUCUGUAUGAAAGCAUGAAAAAUCUCGUCCCAGGCAUGAUAAUCGACCAUGUGGAAAUCCCUCCCAUCACCACCACAGCACCUCCAAGCGUGGAUCAUCGUGAAAUUUAUGAGAGUGAAGAAUGGAUGUAUUAUCACUACAUUCCAAUCCAAAUUUUGGCACUCAUUACUUUCAUCUACUUGUGCUUCUUCUUCUUCUAUGCGUUCAAGCCGAAUCCGAACAGCAACCUCGUCGAGCUUCAUGCGAUGAUGGAAGAAGAGUAUUCUCGCCUAUCACUGCUCACUGAUGAAGUUGUAAAAAGAAUGAUUGCUGAAAGACAACGACCACCAACUCUAUUACUGAAAAGGGAACCAGGACUUGCUCCCGUCCCAACGGAUUCAACUGAAAUGAUUUGUUGCUAUGGCACCACCUGCGAGUCAUGGCUUUGUCCUCAUUGCCGGGUUUCCGAUAGAAAUCUUGCGGGAUCCCUCAAAAGAACUUUAUCUCUUCCUCCAUCAAAAAGAAAAUCUGCCGAAUUACGACUAGGAGAUAAGUGGAGAACCGAUAGCAGUCGCAAAAGAACAAAAUCCGUAAGCAGGACGACCAUGCCCAAGCAGACGUUCAAUACUAAUGCGAAAUCAACAGCGACCAAAUCUAUGAAUCCCCAAGACGCCAAGAUGGGGAAGCGACCUCGCCCUAUAACUGUCGCACCCAUCAAGAGAGGCCGCCCAGAACGAGAAAGUCGGGCACUUCCAGUGAGGCUUUGGAAAGGUGGAUCAAGUGAGAUGAGACGACUCACACCGGAAAAGGUUAUGAAGCGCAUGUCAAGCGAGAUAAGACGAGCCACACCGGAAAGGGUUAGAAAACGAGGAUCAAGUCAAUUGAGAAGACCUUCACAGGAGAAGCACAAGGCCCAAGCAGCUAGUCUCCGUGCACAGAGACCAGCGAUGGUGCAAAUGGGUGGUCAUAUAUAGAAAACAUGUAAGAGCAGAGCAAUGUUAGCAUCCUUCACGUAACAGUUCACAAUGUUAAAAAGUUGCAAUUUACUUUGAAGGAGCACCAAAGUUAAUAACUCUGUCUCGAGCCUUUUCUCAUUUUUGUUG